AUGGCGCUUGAUCGAGGCUGGUUAAACAUCGCAAAGCGGCACUACCUUCGCUUACUACACACUUCGGAGGGUAGCCGCGCGAUGCCCUCACAUCGUCAAAUAGACACAAAUCCCUUGUUCUGCUACACGAGCGGACGAUGGCUAUGGAAUGAGCGUGAGCAACUGGAAGCUCGAUACCGACGUUUUGACGUGCCCAGUCUUCAGCAAGCGGCUUGUCAAGCCAUCGGUGCAAACAAGUGCAUGUCUUUCAAGAAGAUCGGCGAAGGCAACUACAACAAGGCAUAUCGCCUUGAGAUGGAAGACGGCCAAAAGAUCAUCGCAAAAGUCCCACAUCCUAAUGCUGGCCCAAGAGUCCUUACCACGGCAUCGGAAGUGGCAACUAUGGAGUUUGCCCUGACUGUUUUGAACUUACCCGUCCCACGAGUUCUCGCUUGGAGUGCUACCGACCAAAAUCCUGUCCAAGCAGAAUAUAUCAUCAUGGAAGAAGCGGGUGGCUCCCAGCUGCAUGAAGUUUGGCAGAAUCUCCCACUGCGGAGGAAGUGUGACAUUAUUCGUGAGUUUGUAGGCAUUGAAAGCAAACUACUCUCGGUCUCCUUUGAAAAUGUAGGGGCAUCUUCUGCCGAAUACCUAAAGUCUGUCGCUCGCCGUGAGAUCGAAUGGAUCAGUGCCCAUGCGAGCCCACAGGAGCCGAGUGAAACUCCAUGGCAGUACACCAGUCCACAGCAGAAGUCUCCAGAGGCUCACACAGUCCUGUUAGAAAAGUUCUUAGCUGCAAUUCCGUAUAUCACUCCCAAGGACCCAGAGCUCGUCUCUCCCAGACUUUGGCACCCAGACUUCCAUGCUGGUAACGUCUACAUCGACGACCAAGACCGAAUAUCAUGCAUCAUUGACUGGCAGGGAGUCUGGGCUACCCCGGUGUUCAUCGGUGCCAAUCCCCCAUUGCUUCUAGACUAUGGGAUUGACAUGUUGAUGAAGCUUCCUGAAAACUUCAAAGCACUCGACGAUAUUACAAAAGAUAAGCUCAAAUACCAAGUGUCUCAGUCUAUCUUAAUUCACACGUAUGAAGAGUCUACGGUGGAGAAGAACCCUCUGAUGUACAAGGUUAUGCAUCAUCCCCAUGGCCAGACCCUCAAACAAUUAGAAGCUUUUGUUGGCUCUACCUGGGACAACUGUCUCUUUCCCCUUGAAGAAUGUUUGAUUCGCGUUGAGAGUGAGUGGAGCCACUUUGGUACGAACGAACCAUGUCCGUACCAUUUCUCAGUAGAGGAGAUACAGCAACACGACGAAGAGGCGGGGUCUUUCAACAAGAGCCAGGAACUCUGGAAAGAGCUACAAGGUGUUUUGACUGAUGAGGGCUAUGCGUCGAAUGAGGGUUUCAGUAAGGCUGUCGAGAUUCUCAGAGACUUGCGAGAAUUCGGGCUAAGUGGCCUGGAGGGCGAGGAACGGCGCAGCUUCGACAAGGAGACGCGCUGGGUCGCAAAUUUACGCAGCCGCUAA